UGCUGCUGCCAUUUUUAGUAUUUUAUUUGAAAGAAAAACGUAUUUUGAUGACGCUUUUAUAAUCAAUAAUGUCAUGAUGUGAUACAUAUUUAUCCCAGAUGGACUUUCGUGAAAAAUAUUUAUUUUAUUUUACAAAAUUUUUCUAUGGUGAAAAAUUUAAUUUCUAAACUCGAAGUGGCGUCCGAGUGAUUCCGAUUCUUUUGCCGCUAGCCUGGCUCGGAUAUGACAAGUCCAGGCCGCGGUGACCUUGGCGGUAUAGACAGUGAAACAUUUGAUUUUAGCCAGUUGGAAGAAUAUAUCAACGAUGACAGCGAAAGCAAUAUUUAUUUUCAUGAUGCUCUGGUUACCUCCAGCGACCUGAAACUAGCCGGCGAAUCUGAGAAACCGUCUCCUUACGUCCGCCAUCACAGUAUCAAGAACCAAACAACCAUCCAUAUACCCGUCGAAGGAACGGAACCCCACGGCCACGCGGUUGCCGGAAUUUGCGUCAACCAAGCCGGUGUUGAUUCCUCCCAGUCGCCGUCGACGACAUCUGGUUCACAGCACCAAAAAAAUUACUCAGUCAGGAACGUCAGAAACAAUGCCGUUGACAUUGGUUCGUCCUUCACAAAGCCACAUCAUCUACCAGAUAGUCCACCAGACUCGGGUUCAGAGCCACCAUUUUCGCCUCCGAAUGAAGAUCCGAAGCUAAGGUGCCCAUCUAUCGAUCUCCUUCAUCAGCAUCCACGUCAUUCUCAUCACAGUCAUCAUCAUUUGUCAGACAUGUCUGUCCAUGCUUCGGUAGCUCCAGAGGGCUUGAAGCAUCAGUACAUAAACUACGGUCACACUUUACCAUUGAAGCAUGUUCCUGAUGCGUCGAUUUCCUCAUCAACUUCUCCUACAUCAUCCUCGUCCUCCCCACAUCACAUCCGUCAUCAUUCUCCUGUUCCUGCGAGUCCAAUACCAGUUCAUUCUACUCACUCAGCAUCCAUGCCCGUACUCGCAGCUAAUUCCAGCAGUUCUCUAACUGGCCAACUGCUGACACAAAUUCCACAAUCACUGUUGUCUCCAUUUGUUGGUAAUCAAUUGCAGCCCCAACUACUGACGCCAUCCGGAACACACCUGGGUCAUCUCUAUGCAGGGGGCGACGAAUUUUUGUACGAAAAUUUAUCAAGUCCUGUCACAUCAACAACAACGAAUAACAAGAAACGGAAAUUACCAGAGUCACCGAAACAACACAGAAAUCAUCAUAAUAGCAACGCGGUUCAAGUCAAAACGGAACCAAGUGUUCCUUCACCCGAUCCGACGACGACGGUGCUGCCAUCUGGUGAGGAUGAUUACAAUUUCGAUUUGAGUGCGGCCGAUGCGAAUGCCUUGUUCGUGGAUUCUAGUUACCAGUGCAUCCGAUUCCAACCAUUUCAGCAGAAUACAUGGGCGCAGCUGCUAGAUAAGGACAUGAAAGAAAUUUCUUCUCCGAACUUCCGUGUGGAUGCGGACAAGGGCUUCAACUACAGCAAUGCCGAUGAAUCCUUCGUAUGUCAGAAAAAAAAUCAUUUUCAAGUAACAGUGCAUGUCCAACCUCUGGCGGAAGCUCACUACGUCCGGACGCCAGAAGGAACUAAACCCAUCGAAAAGUUCUCUCUCCAUUUCCAUGGAGUGAAAAUGGAAUCACCUACUCAGUUAAUAAAAGUGGAACAGUCACAAUCAGACAGAAGUAAACGACCUUUCCAUCCAGUACCACUAGAAAUGGUGACUGAUCAAGUAACGAAGACAACAGUUGGCCGACUACAUUUUAGCGAAACUACAUCCAACAAUAUGAGGAAAAAGGGCAAACCUAAUCCUGAUCAGAGGUUUUUUUUCUUGGUGGUAAGCCUAUGUGCUCACGUGGCUGGAGAUGUACCAAUCACGGUUGUGGCUCAUGCAUCAGAGAAGAUAAUAGUGAGAGCAUCAAAUCCUGGCCAGUUUGAAAAUGACAUGGAACUUUCCUGGCAGAAAGGUCAUACUCUGGAUUCCAUAUUUCACAAUGGUCGAGUUGGCAUCAACACGGAUAGGCCAGAAGAAUCUCUAGUAGUGCAUGGCAAUAUCAAAGUCACUGGACACAUCUUGCAGCCAUCAGAUUUAAGAGCGAAAUAUGAUAUAUGUGAGCUGGACACGAGGGAGCAGUUGAAGAAUGUUGCCAAUCUUAGGAUAGUACGCUACCGAUACUUACCAGAAUUUGGCGACCAUGUAGGUCUCAGCCAGUUGACCGAUACCGGUGUCAUUGCUCAGGAAGUACAGCAUGUAAUACCUGAAGCAGUCAUUGAAACUGGUGACGUCUUGCUAAAAGAUGGGCAGCUCAUAGAAAAACUGCUUGUAGUGAAUAAGGAACGUAUAUUUAUGGAAAAUGUCGGAGCUGUAAAAGAACUGUGUAAAGUUACGGACAAUCUUGAAAACAGGAUUGACGAACUAGAAAGAAUUAAUCGAAAAUUGAGUAGCAUGAAAAGGAAAGAUAGUCUCAAAUCUACCGCUACAGAUCUCAGUCGCAUAAGCAGCGUUACAUCAAGAGGAAAGCAUCGCUGCCAUCACACGUGUUCGAAACACUUGUCUAAACGUCAUAUGGAUUCAUGUUCCAGUCAUUUUAUUCAGUCCACAAUCAUCCUUCUCGUCAUCAUUAUGGCUUGCUGCCUCAUGGCACUGGCAACGCUUUAUAUCAUGGAGUGGCAAAGUAGACAAAACUCGCCAUUCUUAGCGCCUCUAGUGAUACAAGUAAAAAGUUCCCCUUUCACGAAUUCAACAAGUCCCUUACCAGAGAAAUAUACCAUAUUUUCUACUUUAUUUCCAACCGCUGCUCAACAUCGAUCAUCUUUAGAAUCUAGUAAAUCAACAACAAGCACAUUACCUGGUAAAAUGGAUCCUACGCCGUGGGAAUCUCCACCACAACAUCCUGUGACAAAUCGAGAAGAUUUUAACAACCCUUAUCCGGGAGAAAUAGAUUGCUUACCAGAAGAAUGCCCUAUUUUCUGUUGCGAUCUCUAUCCGGAUAUUCCUCAUGAUGAAGAUUUCUUGUCGUACUCAAAUCACCAUGAUGACGAAAGAUCACUACGAAAUGAAAAGAAGAAAAGAAGCGAAAAUCAGCUUGUUUCCAGUGAUGUGAAGACGCAGAGUCUAAAUCCUGAUCGUCCGUCCAGCAUUAAAGACAAAACCGUCAAAGACGCAAAGAAGGGCAAGUCAAAAUCAUUGGCAAAUUCUUCUUCCGACAGCCAUAAACCGAAAAAGAGGAUGAUUGGUUCAGAAGAAGACACAGUAGAUAACAGACAAAUCUUCAGAUCAGAAUACAUUUCCGAGCCUUUGCUGUACCUCGUGGAGCUAAAUGUCACUUUAUUUCCAGAGCUUUGUUCCGAAGAGCGUCAAGAAGGUUCAACUAUUGUUUAUAUUUCCUGCGUUAUUUUUAUAUCUAGGCAUUUUUCUCAUCCUAAUGUCACUGUACUCGUUAGAACAGGGGAAAGUGAUCUUAUCACUGAAUUCUGUGGUGGCAGCCAUUUUGUUUCUUGCCCGAGAGAGGUCCUCAGAGACGAUGAAAGCCAUACGAGUAAUCGAGUAGCCAAAAGAGAGUCCAUUUCACAGAAUCGUUCAUGGCAACUACCAGUUGGUUCCUAUAUAAGAAGCGUGUACCGCUUCAGAAGCAUGCCUCGCAGUUUUUCUACAGAUCAGCAG